UGGUUAAGAAAAUAUCUGUCAGAAUUUUUACUUACAUUUUCAUUGAAAAUAUUAGAAAUUGGAGACUCAGGUUACAAUCGGAAAAUCCAACAUGGCUGUCUGGGCAGUCUCCUCCGUUUCCAGAUUUCCAGUACCAAAAGCUUUCCAAGUUCAUGAGAACAAGAAGCCCAUCUGGAGCAGAAUCCGAUGUAAGAAAGAGGGAGCAGAGGAAAUGGCAACGGGAAAGAAGUACAAUUACUAUGAAUUGCUUGGUGUUUCUGCUGAUUCAAAUCCGAAGAAAAUCAGACAAGCUUAUAGGAAAUUGCAGAAGAAAUAUCACCCAGAUGUUGCAGGCCAAGAGGGCCACGAGUAUACGCUAAAGUUGAAUGAAGCGUAUAAAGUUCUGAUGAGAGAGAAUCUGAGGAAGGAAUACGAUGCAUCCAUUGGUAAAGUCAGAGUAGCUGGAUUCAGAGCAGGAAACACACCAUCGUCAAGCUUGGGUUCUUCAUGGAAUGGACCUUUCAGACCCCAAGCUCUAUUUGUUGACGAAAAUGCCUGCAUAGGUUGCAGAGAAUGUGUACACCAUGCAAGUAGCACCUUCAUGUUCGAUGAUGCCCUCGGUUGUGCUAGGGUUAAAGUUCAAUAUGGCGACGAUGAACAAAAGAUUGAGGUAUCAGUAGAUUCGUGUCCUGUGAACUGCAUUCAUUGGGUGGAGAAGGAAGAGCUGCCGGUGCUCGAGUUCCUGAGUCAGCCUCAGCCGACGGAAGGGUAUGGCAUAUUCGGAGGAGGGUGGGAAAGACCUGCAAAUGUUUUCAUGGCUGCUAAAUCUUACAAUAAACAACAACAAAGAUGGCAGGAGGAAGCCGAAAACGAAAACAAUCAAAGAAAAUCGCGUGCGACUGCUGAAGAAGAAACCCCUGCGCAAGCCAAGGCUCGGGAGGACGCGAGCAGGAAGAUAAACAUGGAAGGGUUCUCAAGAUUCUGGCAAUGGCAAAACAAGCCUUUCUGGGGCAAAAAGGGGGAAUAAGAAGCAACCAUUUUAUACGUACAAUUAGCAGCUAGUGAACAUUUGUGCAUAUAUAUUGUAUAUACAUCAUAGAAUUCAUCAUAUUCACUGGUAAUAGCAGCUACACAGUUUUCUUC